UGAUUUCGCGUUCGACAUGUGUAUUUUUGGAAACUAGAAUCAGAGCUCACACAACGAGACCACCUUGGCCUCUAUCACUUAAGUGGCCAGAAUAUGGCGGUAAUAACGGCUUGGAUUUUCUCCCUCUUUUUUCUUGUCUUCUCCGUGUUAAAGUCAGCGUUACCUUGGCAACUCAAUCAACAAGCACAUAUUGCCGAGCUAAUCGAGUUUGUGCUUCACUUCGAUUUAACGUCAUUUUCAGUUGAGAAAAGAGAAGGGAAGAAGAUAUCACUAGAUACGCCGGAUUAGAAGAUUUGAUCUUCUUUGCCCUCACAGCAUACAUCUAUCACUAUUAAUUCAGCAAAGAACGUCUUUGAAUGACAAGAUAAAUUGUAUCGAAUCCUCGUCGAGAAGUUACUCAGGACUUAAGAUUAUUAAUAUGCACUCCUUCUACUGCAGGAAUGGGUGGCGAGACGAUACCACUCCAUUGUCCUUAUGCCUUAAAGCUGUUAUACAAGCUACCGGCACACAGUAUACUAACUGCA